AACAGAGAGGGCAGGUACAUAUGAAUCAGGCAUAUCCUAGGCAGCUCUCUGCAGUGAUGGGGUCUUUCCACAAAGUCAGUUCCACACAUGCGCAAACGAUGAGCUGCAUUUGCAAAGCAGCAGUGGUAUAGUGGACAACACACCAAAACGAAGAAAAUACCGGUGUUGGAAAUAUUUCUUGAAAAUAUGUUUUAACAGCUCACCUUCUCCUGGAAAUGUGACGGAGUGUAGCCCAUGUUGCAUUAGUGCCUGUGUGACAUGCUGGCUUGUUUGCCAGUAUCCAACCCCACAUUCCAGCUUCGUUCCCACUUGCAGAUGAACACUGGACUUCAGAAAUGGGACACCACGCAGAAGAUGAGAUCCGCACAUUAUCCAUCCCCAGCGGAAUUGGAUGCCUAUGCUAAGAAAGUUGCCAACAACCCGCUGACUAUCAAGAUCUUCCCCAACAGUGUCAAAGUACCUCAAAGGAAGCACAUCCGCCGCACGGUAAACGGCCUGGACACCUCCAGCCAGCGAUACAGCCCCUAUCCGUCUCAGGAGUCCUCCCGCUCAGGCCUCCUUGCCAUCGUCAAGGUACCCGUCAAGAGCAUUCUGAAGGGCCUGGACGCCAGCUGUGCCCGCUUCCUGCCGAAGUCGGUCAUGAACCCCCACAGCGGGCCCUACGGGGCCCAGAGCACUUUAGCGCCCCAGCAGCAGACUAUGGCUCACCUGCAGGGCCUCCCCCAGCCCCCACCCGGGGCCCACAAGCAGGGCCUCCCCUCCCACCAGCUCCAGCUCCAGCAGCGACAACAGCAGCAGGCUCAGCAGCAGCAGCAACAACAGCAGCAACCGGGCAUUGCACGUCCGCAGACCAUCCAGCACCACGGCCUUCCGCACCCACCCAGUUUACGGCCUCAGCCUGGCCUUAUCCGUCAUCAGACUCUCCAGCAGCAGCCUGGCCUGAGCCACCCCCAGAGCUUACUGCAGCAGCAACAGCAGCAGACGGCCUCCCAGGGCCUAAGGCUGCUGGCAGAGAUGGCUCCCAGGGCCCCCAUGCUGCCCCCACACAGCGCUCAGGCUCAAGCCCAGGCCCAGGCUCAGGCCCAGGCUCAGGCUCAAGCCCAGGCCCAGGCGCUUCCCCAGGCCCAGACUCUGCCCCCUCAGGCCUCCACUCCAGCUGGAGCUGGUCCCCCUGCCCCCUCGGGAAUGCUGCUGGUCCCGGGCAUGCACGGUGCCCCCCCGCGCAAGCUGCCCGACGGCGACGCCCCUCCCAACGUGACCGUGUCUACCUCAACCAUCCCGCUGUCCAUGGCGGCCAGCCUGCACCACAACCGGCCCAGCGACCUCAGCAGCAUCGUGCACCAGAUCAACCAGUUCUGCCAGGCCCGGGCCGGCGCCGGCGGCACCUCGGUCUGCGAGGGCCAGAUCGCCAACCCCAGCCCCAUCAGCCGCAACCUGCUCAUCAACGCCAGCUCCCGCGGCUGUGGCCCACACCCUCACCCACACCCACACCCACACCCUCACCCUCACCUCCAUCCCCACCCACGGCUUGGCCUCGGACCUGGCCCACAGCCUGCCCCAUCAUCCUGUGCCCUCAACCACGAUGCCGCCGAUGCCAUGCCGCCCACCACUAUGACUGCCAUGAGCCGGUUGCCCCUCUACCAGAACCCCCUCAAACAGCCCCAUCCCCACUUACCUCAGCAGCAACAGGGGCCCUGGAAACAGCAACAGUCUCAGCCGCUCAGCCACAUGCCGCACAUGCCCGACGGCCCGCCGCCCUGCAAGAGCGUGGCCCGGGAGGACCCUGCCGGCUCCGGCUUCCCCACCAAGGGCCUGCCCUUCUCCCAGGAGGCCUGCAUGGGCCAGCAGCCCUUCAGCCUCAAAGCCCCGCUGGACAAACCCACCCCGUCGCCACCAGUGAAUGGGAUGGUCGGUGGCCCGGCUAUGAACUACAGUAACGGGCACUACAUGCAGCAGCAGCAGCAGCAGCAGCCCCCGUGGGGCAGCAUCUUGCCCACCCCGAACAGCGACAGCUCUGGCUCUCAGGACCUGGCCAUCAACUUCCACGGGGGUCUGCCAGGCGGAGGCGGGGGCUCAUCCGUUGACUGCGCACAGGGGCCCCACUACAGAACUGGAGCUGGCGCCGGCAGCGGCACUGGCGUCAAUGGCCACCCAGGUCUGGUGCCGAACGUAGACUACAUGGCCGGCGAUUUCCCGUGCUUCAGGGAGCAAACCAACCUGGGCAUGAUGGGUAAGAUGCCCAGGCUGCCUGUCAUGGCAAACGUUAGGGCCCCUGAUUCAGGUGAUAGUAGAAAUGUUCCCAUUCACCACCACCCAGGCUACAGAUGAGUCUGGAGUGAGCCAUCGCUAGUCAAUUAAUAACUUGCUUAUUGCCCACAAGUCUCACGAGUAAUCCACGGAGCGCCGGUUUCCCAGGCAGGGAUUAAAACUUUUAACACUUGCAUUUGGAAUUUAAAACAAAAACACAUUCUUUAAUUAUUAUUAUUAUUGUUAUUAUUAUUAUUAUUAUUAUUAUUAUUAUUAAUUUUCUGGUCUAGUGAGAACGCCAAUGCAUCCAUGGCCAGGGUUAAUCCGUGUCUGAGAAACCAGCUCGAAGAGUUUCCUAGAUAAUGAAUAGUGCUCUUAUUGGAGUGUUGUAUGUGAAGGUCAUUAACUCCCUAGCCUUUCCUGUUUCCUUGUGUUCAGGCUGAAUAAAGGGUUGUAACACUCAUAUAGAUUACUUUUCUGUUAGAUGAUGAAAAAAAAAGAUGAUUCUGCCUGCCUAUAGCACCUGGCCCUAAAAUAAAUUGAGCUCAGUUUGUUGUCCGUAAACAAAGUGUUGCUCGGAUUGUAGUGUUUACAUGUAGGGAAUGUGUUGCCAUCUCAUAAACGCAUCGCAAUCCAUUAUCUCCUUUGAUUCUCCUUCCACGUCUUCUUGGAGAACACAAUAGAUGUAGGACACUGUGAGGAAUAGGACAUUUCUAUACUCUAGAACAUGGCGUUUGUUUUUUGGCCCACAAGGUCGGUUGAGAUCUUUCUAGAGGUGCCAUGGAGAUGUGCACUCAAGCAACCAGGCUGAACAUAACUUGUGUUCUCCUUAUUAAUGUUUACUUAUCGCUUGCUAUUAUUGUCACUAAAAGAGGAACACACUAAGGAACCAGGAUCAAGUGUUGGCACAUGCACAUAGAAGAUGAGACUGUUGAUUUUUUUGAGACUGUUGUACAUGAAUUCAGGUUAAAGAUUUAGACUGGCUGUUUGAAGAGUGCUGCAGAAGCAUUAUUUAGAGCAUUGGUCUCACUGUCAAACAGUGUGUCUUGAUUAUGUUGUCCAGUAAUAUGUUCAGAAUUAUUCCAUUUGGGAAUUUCAUUGGAACUUGUGCCAUGUCCUUCAUCAUGUUGUUUCUUUAUGUAGUUAUCACUACUACUUGAAUUCCUGAGGGUGAGUUAACAUUGUCAGGCCAUCAGAUCCUGAAAUGUAUUAUAAAUUUGACAAAAAAGUAGAAAAAACACUUCCCUAUCUUUUAUGUUCUAUUUUAAUAAUGUAUCCUAGUUGUAGUGCUAAUGAACGGUGGGAGGUUUCAAAAACCUAAUGACCAAAUGGAUCACUUGCAAGUGCAGCAUAUACUGCAUUGUAAUAAAAGCAGGUUCAGAUUCCUCUACACACUCUGUCUCUACUGCCCUACUGCUGUGUCUGGCCUCCUAUGUCCCAUGAUGCACUCACUGCACAUUGGUGUGGGAGCUAAACAGUACCUCUGCUGCUCUGGUAAACAAAGUCCCAUAUGGUGGUCACCUAUGGCAACUAGGGUCGCCCACUGCACUGAAGUGGCUGACUUUCUCAUAACAAUCCAGGCCUGUGAACGUGAGACGUGACCUGCGUCCUCUCUUGUCUGAAAAUCACUGUAGAAGGGAUCGGUGGGAAAGACAGGACUGCCUCUGAGCUCUGGAAGGCUGAAGUGUGUUGACAUCUGCGUCCCUUCACCAUUGUGUGGUAGUGACACCUCCUGGUUGUCAGUGUUUUUUUGUUAUGGCCUCGCCAUCUCUGUUCUCAGGUCUGCCCGUGCCUCCUGCCCUCUUAGUCCGACUCAGUCAGCCAUUUUAGUUUGUUAUUGCUUUCUUUUAAGAGGAAGGGCAACUCUUGAGUCCCAGUGAAGCAUAGUCCUUUUCUUUCUUCCUUUUUUUUUUAACUGGCAGAGAAACCGCUUGGUUGUUUGUAUGUGUGUGGAGGGGUGGGUUCCUUGGAGACUUAUGGUCGGGUUCCCUGUUGGGCCCCUUGUGUAAGCCUUAAAUAUUUAGUCUGUUGACUUGAGUGUGGUGUAGAAGUUUAAAUUAAUUAAUGAUAUUAGCAAGUUAUACUAAAAUGAAUUUUAUGUAAAAGUAAUGUUGAUUUGAAACUGUUGGGGGGGGGGGGGAUAAAACAUAAAACAUGAACAUAAAAAUACAAUUUCUACCAGUUCCAGCCCUGGGCUGUAACAGUUAGUGUGUAUGCAUUAUUAUCAGGCCAUGUCUUGAGUAAUGUUCACCCUUUCAUUUUGUUUUAUUUUGCUGCUGGAGUGAAAAUCUGAAGUUCUACUUGCCCCUUGGUGUGUCUGAGUAUGUGUGUCUUGAGCAUUUGUGUGUGUGUGUGUGUGUGUUUUGUUUGUUUUGUUUUGUGUCACUGUGCGCUUGUGGCAAGCAAAACAAUCAGAACGUACAUGUCAUCAGUUCUGAACACCGAUAAAAAGGGUUCUGUUCCCAUUACUAGUCUUAGAUGCAGACCUAACCCUUCAGACUCAAACUGACAGAACAAUGGGCUUAGUUUAACUCUUUCAACUUUCUCACCGAUGUGUUGGUCUCACGAAGCUGCUAUUGUAUUCUAGACUACAAGAAAAAAAAAACGUGGGAGUGUUUUGUAAUGCUGUAAAGAUUAGAAAGUAAGCUGUAAUUUAUGUUGAAUGCCAUUUUUGUUGUCUUUGCAAAAGCAAUGUGUGAAUGGAUCCGCUUUGCUGUUUGCAGACAUAUUAACUUAUUUAAACUUGCUUGUUAGCUUGAUCUCAGUUAAUCUCCUCAUGUUCUGAGUGGGAAAGAGGGAGAAACAUUUAAGAAACAACAACAAAACAACUCAGAUGCAAACUUGUUCGGCCUCAGCGUUCAUGUCGUGUUUCCAGCUCAAGGGUACAAAACUCUAACUAGUCAGGUUGAACUUUUCCUUCGUUUCUGUUAUCAAUGUGAAGUGCCUCCUCUGGGGUGAGUGGAGCGUGAGCGUGAUACUGAGGUGGGUCUGUGUGCGGGGAAAACGGUGUAUCCUAGCAGGGGUGUAUGUGGGACUCAAACACUGCACUGUUUAUUAAGUGGGUGGGGUGGACUAGGGGUAAGGAGAGGGGUGGGUUUGGGGCUCGGGGUGGGUUUGGGGCUCGGGGUGGGCGUGGGUGGGGGAGGUUGACCAAGCUACUCGACUACUGAUACUGUUUGGAAAGGAAGCCCUUACAUGCUAAAGGCACAAACUGUUGAGACUGGCUGCUGCUGUUGAAUUACCAACCAAAGCGGUUUUGAAGUCCACUCUGCAAACCCUUCUGUGUCUUAGGAAUGUGAGCAGGUUCUUAGUCUUAAGAGCACAUGUUGUUACCCACCCUCCUCUCUGAACCACAUUUUGAGAUUAAAAUAAAAUAAUAAAAAAAGAGACGGUUACUGUCUUCCUCUGAGCAGUUGGAAAAGUCGGAAGUUCUAUUUCUUUGUGUGUCUCGUGUUGGUCCACCAAAGAACCGAGUGUUAUGGCAGUAGAGCCCACCUGUUCUCCAUUGAAGUGUCAUUCCAAAUAAGCCCAUUCUUUUCAGGAACAAAAAUGUUGCACAAACAUUCCCCUCAAACCAAAAUAAAGUUUGACUUGCAUUUGCAAAA